UCCAUCAAACAUAUUAAUAAAAGCCUCAUUCCCAUCUCAUUUGUUAUUUCAUAAAUGGUACAGUACAGCAUUAAUCUUUUAUUUAUAAACCCAAUUAGGAGUGCUAACUGCUGUUAAGCCAAUUAAUCUGAAGUGAAGGUUAAUUUUUCAGAUCAUGAUGUUAUGGUCUGGAGAGACACAUAAAUUUAGCCCAGGACGUAUGAAAUAAGUAAACGCUUGAAUGAUUUUAUAUGAUUUUAACAUAAAAAGAUCCUUAAAUUUUAUAUUAACAAAUUAGGAUAAAACUUAGUUUAAUAACUGACACAAAUAAAAAUUUAAAAUGCUAUUUAUUAAUUCAGUUUCAACCAUCUCGCAUAAAUAGGACAAUAUUUUUAUUUCUAAGGCUACUCUGGCACGUUUAGCCCUGUAUACUGUGUACAAAUAGCCAAUAAAAGGCAUAAAGACGAUAAGAUGGGGCUGAGAAACUGGAGCAGUCACAAAAGAAACAGAUUUAAAAGACCAAUAAAGCACCUGUUGCCCGGAGGAUGAGUCCACCAAAAACAAAUUUAUCUUUUCCCCUGAGUGAGUAAUUUUUAAUCCCAAGUUUGACUAAACAUUAAACCCAAAUGGUUUAAUGUUUAAGAAGCGGUAUGUGAUGACGUACGUACGCUACGUAGGUAAAAUGUACGUAGAAGCUGGUUACGUUUUAUGUUUCUGCGGUGUUACUAUGGAAACGUUAGUUUACUUUGACCUGUAGCUGCAAGCUGUUGUUUAUAAGAAUACUCUAAAAAGUGCCUUUCUCUGUCUUAAUUAUCGACUCUUCGUGAAAGAUGCCGCCCAAAAAGAAAGAGACAAACAAGCCGGAAACUGCAAGGAACCAAACUCUGAUAAACGGUCUCACCAAGGAGGAGUUGUCCAAGGAACAGAUGGAAGAGCACAUUAUGCGCCUUUGCAAGGAACUAGAAAGAGAGAGGGAGGAGAGGAACUACUUCCAGCUGGAACGAGACAUGGUCCAGUCCAGUCUAGAUGUUACCAAUAAAAAACUGGAGAAGGUUAAGGCAGAACUUAAAACCAUGGACAAGGCCAUAGAGGAUGAUGAGGCAAGUCACCAAGUAGAGAUAAAGGUCUUUAAACAGAAGAUGAAGCACCUACUGUGUGAACAUCAGAACACAAUCUCUGAGCUCGGAGCAGAGCGUAUAGCCUUAGCCGAGGUGCUGCAGAAUGAGCAGGAUCAACUGGAGGAAGAGCUGUACAAGGAAAUGAAGAACAUCCUGGUUGACAUGAGGACAUCCAAAAAUGAAGAAGUUGUUAGAGAGCUUCAGCUGAAACAUGAAAAAGAAAUGGCUGCAGUGAAGGAAAAAUGGGAAAGGCUGUUGGCAGACACUGCGAGAAAAAGUAAUGCAGAUAUAAAGCAGCUGCAGCAGGAACUUGACAUCAAAAGGAAAAGUGAAAUCUUUGCGCAAAAGCUUCAAUUGGGAAGGUACAUUAAUGAACUUAAAGAAGACCAAAAAAGAGCCUUAAAUGAUGCAAGGGAUUUUUUUCUGAAGAGGGACAAUAGCUCCAAAAUUACGGAUUUGGAGGAACAACAUUUUAAAAUGACAUGUCAACUGAAGCAGAUGAAAGAAGAGUUGCCCACUUUAUCGAAGGAAAAUGAAGAACUUACCGGGCUUGUUGCAGAAGCCAAGGGGGAACUUAACCGAUUAGAAACGAGAGCAAAAUUCUUGCCAAUGGCAAAGGGCCCCAUUAGCAUUCCUCAAAAAAAGGAAGUGAAAGAGUUGAGAAAAUACUGCGAUGAACUGCAAGAGAAAUUCAAUCAGCUUUAUAUGGAGGUGGAUGAAAUGCGCUCGUCCUUCCCCCAGAAAAUUCUUAUUGCAGAGGAAAAAGCAGAUCGGUCUCUCAGGCCUCUGGAGGAUGAGCUGCAGGCUGCAAAGGAACGCUUGGAGAAGAUCCAGGUUCAGCCCAACUUGGUGCCCUCAGCACCUAACCUGGACCAAAUUGCUGUUGCUGAGAUAACUGACAAAGAGAAGAAAGAAAGCUUGGAGGCCACAAAUUCUUCCACCAAGAACCUAAAGUAUAAAAGAUCUCUGAUUGAUCAGGUCGGCAGUGGCAUGUGGCAGAGGCCUGGAGCAAAUAAAGGAGGUUUUUGCAACUGAGAGAUUUUUGGUGUGUUUUAACACAUCAUGGAUCAGAGGAAAACAACUCCUUGCACAUUUUGAUGUCGGGUGCUAAUUUGCCUCGUCAAAAGGCUUCCAGAGCCAGUCACCCAGCCUUAUAUUGAUCUCUGACAAGUAUCGUCUCCUAACUGUCCUGCUAUGGAUUCUUUGAUGCAAUAAAAUAUGGUUUGAAUGUUGUUUAAAAUGA